AAUUGAUUAUUUUCUGACUUUUGUUGUAUCAAUCUUUUGGAAAUUACCCCGGAAAGGACAGUACAUUAGUGACGACCAUUCCAGUUCUGUCUCCUAGUAAGUCAGUUCUUUCGUAUAUCAUCAUUGCCAUCAUUUAUAAAACACAAGGGAUCAAGAAACAAAAACAACUGGAUAUAUUGGUCUCAUCGUCCACAGGUCUAAUCCAUUAAUAAAAAUUAAAUAAAAAAAGAAGAGUUUCGUAAUUAUUUUUUCGCCCAUUUCGGUUAGUUCAAUAAAAUGACUGAAAUAUAUUUCACCAAGUUAUUAAAAAAUAAUACAACAAGUGUGGAUACGAAGAACUUUAUUUAUAUCAAAAGUAAAUGGGAUUAUCAGCAGACAGAAAUUUUACUCCAAGACUCUGAAACAGAAUUACCGAGUCAGGUGUAUCAGGAAGAAUGCCGACGACUUUUAACUGCCCAAAUGCCUAUAGCUGGCUAUUCAUAUGAACUUGAUGACGAGAAUAAACAAUUAAAAGUAAAAAAGGACCCUUUAAGUUACUUAUAUCUGGACAUUGCUUUAAAAGAUAUUAAAAAUCAUUACGAAAUUUUUGAUGACGUUAUUGAAUUAAUACAACAAAAAGAAAAUUAUACGAUAGAACGAGCCAACAAAACGAAGGAUAAUGAUACAUUGAAGGUAGAGAUACAAGAUGAUUUUCGGAGAUUACUAGACGAAAAAAAUCGCUUGGAAAAAAAUUUAUUAAAAAAAGCUGCUUUAUUAUUAAAUACUAAAAAGCAAAAAAUUACUGAAUUGGAACAGCGUUUGAAGCAAUACGAAAGACAAGCCGAAGAAACGAUCGCGGAUAUAACGCACAUAGAAGAAAGUGAAGACGAUCUGCCCGGAACAAGUCAUAACCUGCAGACAACGAAACAUCAACCGCGAAUUAUUGAAAGUGACGAGAGUAGUGAGGAAGAAGGAAAUGAAAAUGUACGCAAGAAUAAUGGCAGUGAUGACGACGCUUUUAUGGCCGACACAGAACCCAUCAUAUUUCCAGAUUGAUUCAAAUUGUUCGCUAAAGUUAGUCGAAAAAAAGUCUUUGAAUUCAACAGAAGUAGUUUCGCAUAAUUUACGCUAAUUGUAUUUGUGCGUGUGUGUGCACAUAAGUCUUCAAAUAAAAAUAUAGUUCGCGGUUUAGACAUUAAAACAACAAAAAAGGUAGUACGUCUGGCUUACACAGUAUGUAAAAUCGAAUUUAUUCACUCUGCGGCUCAAUUGGCAUAAUGACGAAUCUUGUUUUAUAACAUUCAUUGAUGAUAAUUUGCGUUUUCGAUAUCUUUUUUGGGAAAAAAAUCCGAUGCUUUCCAUGCUUUUAGGAAUUUUAUUACAAAAUUUCAAAAGCACUUUUAUUAGCUUUUAUAACAUCUGGCGAAUGUUGUUGUUGUACUGUCCAUACGUUUCCAAAUUGACUUUUUAUGCCCUUUGUGAUACAUAUAUAGGAAAUAUUAAGUUUGGUCGGAUGUAUACAACAACCAGACGAGCUUGAGAUAGCCUUCCUUCUAUUAUAGCUAUCGAUUCAGAUUUACUUGUAAAACCAAUCUAAGUUUGUCUGUUCACACGGCUCGCGACUGUCAACCUACUGAUCGUAAUUUUUGAGAUAUUUUUACUCAGAUUGGUAGAAUGACGGAUUUUCCUCUUCAAAGUAGUUCGUAUCGAAUCACUUUUGUUUCUUUUCCAUAGUAAUGCCUGAUUUUGAAACGUCGUUAUGAGAACAAAUGUAGUUUUUGGAAUUUCGCGAAAGAAAUGACAUUUCGGCAUUUUAAAUUGGCGCGAAAAAUUUGGAUCGGGCGGGGCGAUUUUUUAGACAGUCUCUCAUAGAACCAUUCCUGCAACUGCUAAAUUUUCAUAUGGGGAAAAGCUUUAAUUUGUAAUAUUUCAUGGUGAAAAUUGGCCCAUAAUAGUAAUUUAGCAUAGGAAUUAAGCUUACCGACUCUUCUUUUUUGGAUUAUAUUCAACGUGGAAUCGCUGUAUAAUAUAUUUUAUAGACCCCCUAUAUAUAAGGGCUCUCAUGGACGAGUCUUUUUAUGGCAGCAAAGUCUAAUUUGUAGUUUUUUAUGACACAAUAAACUGAGGAAUAAUAAAAUCUUUUACAAGUCAAUUAAGGUUUCUAAUUAUGGACCUUGUUAGCUGACGUUAGGAGUAUGUGCCAAUACGAUAGCUUUCCUGGAAUUUACCUUUACAAUAAAAUAAUGUACAACUUGUUGGUGAAUUAUCGCGAUAAUGAAUGAAUGAAGGCGAAAUAGGUGAAGUGGCAUAGGGUAUCUUAUGGUCGACCUUGCCCGGGCUAUCAAGUUCCUGCUUGUUUUUAUUGAACUGUUUGCCUGUGAUAACCACAUCAGAUUUAUCAAAACAUUACAAAUUGUUUAUGUGGAUUGGAAGGACAUUCCAAAAAUGCAAGAUGUGCUG